CCUAUUAACCUAAUUUGUGUGACAGGUUUCCAUCCCAUUUAUGCCCAGAGACCUAGAUAUAUAUGAAUGAAGUGUUAUGUUAGCUGAUCAUAAACUUGAGGGCUUGGCUUCCAGAGAUGCUCUUUCAGCCCUCUCAGAAAAGAUUGACAAUGUGCUCCAGGACUUCGAGAAAUCCAAGAAGAAGGAGUCCUGGUUUGGAGGAUUGUGUGUGGACAGUAUCAUGGCCUUUAAUCUUCUCUCUUUCAUCACCAUUCUUUUAGAAUGUGUAUUUCUUCUCACAUCUUACUUCACCCUCCCCAAAGAAAGUGUGACAUCUCUCCCAGGUCUUUUGGAUGCUAAGCACUCCAGGCAUAAGAUUGAGAAGGUUUCCUUUCCUGCCCUUCGAGAUUAUCAUUAUCAUUAUAAUUGGAGGGCUGAAUACAUGGCUGGAUGGAGUGAAACAAUAUGCUGGAAGGAAGAGAACUAUCCCCAUCUUCAUAUGCCCCUAAGCCCAUGCAUCACACUCCAGUGGACAAUUAGAGAUGGAAAGCUGGUAAAUCUUCCAUGGGCUCUCCUUGUGGAAGGGGAUACUGUUCUCUUGAGGCCAGGACAGGAAGUUCCUGGACAUUGCUCUCAGUUAAAAAAGAGUGGAGCUGAUGAGCAGGGUGAUGGGAAAAGAUCCUUGCACUUCGGUGAUAUCUAUUCUCCCUUGCCAAUGGAGAAAAAGAUUGACAUGUACAAUGUACCAAAGCUCAGGCAGCCUCUGGAGGCUAAUCCAUACAUUAUGCUUGAGACCCCUUAUCUUGAGCAUCUGAGGCACAGCCUUUCAAGGGGGCAUCUGAGACCAAAGAGUGCAUAUGAAGAUGAGCAACACCUGAUAUGGAUCACUUGCAUUCACACUUUUGCCAUCCCAAUUGUGGCAAUUGGAGUGGCUGUGAUCAACCUUGUGCGACUCAAUUAUGCAGCUGAAUGGUCUGGAGAAUUAAUUGAAAUUCUCCUCUUAUAUCCAGCAUUGUGCACAAUUCCUCUGCUUCCUCUCAUGUUCCCCAUGGUGUGGAUUGCACUUAACAUGGUGGGCAUGUCACGGAAUGGAGCAGAAGAGUCACAGACUCAGUCAAGAGGAGAUGUCUUUGAAGAUAUAGAAGCCUUGAAAGAAUUCAAUGCUCCAUACAAACUGGAUAAGCAACUUUUGUUGCAUACUCUAUACCAGCUCAGUCUUGGAAAGGAUGGACAACUUUGGCUUAGCUCUAAUCUGCUCCACGUUCUUGCCUCACUCUCUGCUCUCUGCUGUGUGGACAAGAAAGGCAUCCUGAGCUGGCCAAAUCCAACUGCAGACAAAGUCUUCUUUUUCAAUGGACUUCGCAAGUCAUUACAUGAACAUGUACACCAGGAGCAUAGAGAAAGAGAAGGUGCAGCCCAUCUACAUCGACUCUCAGAUGUAAGAGGAGAUUUACGACCUGAGGUCCUGGACAUGACACAUGAUCCUCAUACCCCCUUUCAACUUCAUUUUGAUGAUCCAUCAUGGAAGCAGCACCUUAGUUCUCUCAAGCCUUUGGGACUUUCCAUCCUCCUGAACACUUGCAAUGAAGCAACUCGGGAUCACUAUAUGCAGUUCUGCUCACAUAUCACAUGGGAGGCUCUUCAUAAUGAGAAUCUUGUUCCAGUCAUCAAUCGUAGAAAGGAAGAAGAUAUGCAAGAGGAGUUGGUGCGGAGCAAUCGCCUUGCCAAGAGCCUGGCCUACACAAAGCUCAAGUUUCCAUUCCCACACAUGGUUGCUGUUGUUGUCAAGGAUUUGCCCUCAGGGAUGAAUCAACUCAUGUCUCAAGGAACUGCUGAUAUCAUUCUUGACUCAUGUUCUGAUGUCUGGGAUGGCAAGGACCUUUUUCCUCUUACCAACAAUCUCAGGAAGAAGAUUUUGGAUUUCUAUCACCGAAGCAGCCUGACAGCCUACUGCACAGCAUUUGCAUAUCGUCCAAUGAUGACUCAUCUGAGUCCUACUGUAUGUAUGCAGUACCUGGAACUUCCAGCUGAUGGUAGACUCCCCAAAACCCUUGCUUCUCCAGCCCCCAGUGCUUCAGUCCCAUGGGAAAACAUCACUGGUCAAGGACGAUUAAAGACCCUACUUGGCCAGCAUGUUAGCACUGGUAUGGUUGCACCAUCUUGCAUCUCCACAAUGCAAUUCUUGUCCCUUGCUUUAGAUUCCCUCCUUUGCACAAAUGAUGGAGAGCUGGAUGAAGUAGAUGAUGCAGAGGGAUGUGCCCGUGCACAACAGAAACAGAUCUUCCUUGGCAUAGUCACAAUGCAAUACCAAGCCCGCUUAGAGGCUGUAAGGCUCAUUGAGGUCCUUGAUCGAGCCUGUAUUAGAUUUGUUCACUUCAGCAAGGAAAAUGAGCUUCGCAGUCGAGUCUUCUCUGAGAAGAUGGGUCUGGAAAGUGGCUGGAAUUGUCACAUCUCACUCCUCUCUGAUCGACAUAGGGUGGUAUUGGAGGAGAAGAAGAUGAAGAGCUACUCAGCACCAGGUGACCUGAACUUUGAGCCAUCAACAGUCCCUUUUGAUCCAAGACCUACUGUGCAUCUUGACAAUGAGGAUAGCAGCAAUCACAUGUAUCUCCAUCCUCCUGAAAAGCCGAGGAAACGAUGUGAGAGUGAGGUGAUGAGGAGAUCCCUUAGGUAUAUAGACAAUCCAGUCCCAAUUGAGAGCAGUGAAGAUGAGGGUCUUCUGUUGAACAAUUCUCAUGAAAGCAUCAUAGGUUCAAAUCUGUCUUCUUCCGAGAGUAUUAGUCAUCUCAGUGAGAGUUCUGAGCGAUCUGCUCCAGUCCCAUUCGACAUGUCUAAUCGAGCAAAGCUCCCUCGUGGAAUCGAGGCCAUCCGUCCACACCUGUCCCAAGUGGAUAAUGUACCUCUGCAGGUUUCACUCUUCACUGACUGCACAGCUGAGGCCUGCAAGGAGAUGCUGAGCAUUAUGCAGGAGUAUGGCCAAGUUGUCUGCGUGGUUGGAUCCACAGCCAGCAUCCACAACACCGAUGUGUUCUUACAGGCCGAUGCUGCGUAUGCCUUGAGUUUAGAUUCUCUACUAGGAGUUGUACCUCUUUACCCACAAGUAUGCAUGAAGAUUCCUUCGUACCAAGUACCCGCUAAGGAAAGUGAACCACCUCCAACAGAAGUUUCCCAUGCUCUCACUUCCCUUCCAUGUGCUUUGAACUUCCAUGUUGGAGACUCACUUCCCCUGUCCUUCCUCAUUUUGGAGGCACGUGCAUGGAUGCAAGGAACAAGGAACUGUCUUCAACUCUGGCUCACAGCUUCAAUAUCCCUGGCACUUCUUCAGGUCAUUAGUGCUGUUAUACUAUUGCCUCCAAUCCUGAGUCCUGCUCAUGUGUGCUGGUUGUCUCUUGUCAUCAUACCUAUCCAGUGCAUACCGCUUGCUCUUAAGUGGUCUCCAGACCAGAAUCUUAUAACUGAGCCUAUGGCCAAGCUUCAGCUCCAUCUCAACUCUGAGUUGUUGAAGUACAUUUUAUGGUGUUAUGGAGCCAAAUUCCUGCCAUCCAUCAUCAUUCUGGUGUUUGUGUUCACACUCACACUGAGCUCUUUCUGUGAGGGCCUCUUUUCCCACUGUAAUCUUGUUUAUCCUGAAGACUCCACUCAUCCCUGGGGUGGAUGGUCUUAUGGUGUGUCGGCAAUUGGGCUCCUGAUAGCCCAGAAUUAUGUGACUUGCCUCUUUGUCUUCUACAUGGGUUUGUCCCUCUUUCAUGGUUCUAUCAUUCUGAUGAUCAUUAGGGUGUCUCAUUCUGAGAUCCUCUCGUUUUUGUUUGUAGCUUUGAUUUCAGCAUGUUUUGUUCAUCGCAUGGAGAACGUGUGGCAUCGAUCGCCACUUUCAUCUCGGGCAUGGGUCAUCUGCUCUAUGAUCAGGUUCAGUUUGCAGUGGUUCUAUCAUCUUUUCCCCACCAGGAAGCCACGACACAAAGAGAUUGUGCUGUAUUCCACUGCUGAAAUCUUCAUAUCAAAGGAUGCAGAAGUUGUAAUCCCAGGCAUCCCUCUAUUUUCUUGGCUCUUGGGAUUCAUCUGGCCUCUGCCAUUGAUUGCCUUCAAUGAAGCAUUCAAACGACAUGAGAUUAAGGUGAAUGUAAGAUAUCUCAAGAGAGCUCGGCUUGCAUUCGGCACAAAGUUGGGCAUGAAUUCCCCUUUUUGAGGUGUUCACUGUGCAGUUGUUGUGCCUGUGACAUUGCUGUAGUUCGCUUUGCUGUUUUAUCUGUGAUAUAAAUGGC